UCUUCACAAAUUGCACUCCACCACACCAUCCAUGGCAUCUUCCUUCCUUUCUCCCCUCCUGAAAAAUACAUCAUGAACAACUAGUCUCUCUGCUCACCAGGCAACCUAGCUACUCUAGCUGAUUGCUCUUUUGAUUGCUCCUGUCCUGUACUGAUAUGCUGCUAGCUUCGUUAAUUAUAUGCCAAUAUGUGCUAUGCAACCCUCCUCUGAGCAAAAGCCCACAUACACACACCGCCUUCCUCACUCUCUCUAAUUGAGUAGAGCUGUAGUAGCCCUGCCCACACCCAGUGGGAGGCGGAGCACCAUAGCCACAGCCUCUGCCUCUUGUGCAUCGUCCUGUUUGAUUUCUUCUCCUUGAGAUCAGACUAAAACCAGCCAUGGUGAAGAAGCUUGGCCUCACGUCUCUCAUCUUCAGCAGCAAGCAGGUGGACAGUGCUGCCAGUGCCAGUGGCGCUGCACCUUCCUCCGUGGCCUCGUCUUCCUCCAUGUCUGCCACCUCGUGGCAAUGGCCGUCCUGCAAGCAACCAAGGACCCUCUCCUUCAGGCAGCAGCAGCACCAAGAGCAGCACCAGACGGCGUACAAGACCAUGAACUCCGCCUACUUGCCCGACUCUGGCGCCGACUCGUGCUUCUCCAACUCCUUCGCCUCGCUCGACGACAGCCUCUCCACGGCGUCCGAGGCCGCCUCCGGGCUCGUUGAGGCCAACGAGCGAGAGACGGUCAUCCGCGCCCUGCGCUCCGGCCGCCUCUUCUUCGAGCCCCACGCAACGCCGGCCACCUCCUCCUCCAUACUCGACGAGGCCAAGCUGAAGGUGAAGCACAUCGACACUACCACCGCUACCACCUGCUGCAUCAGCGGGAAGGUGGACAAGACGGCGCCGUUCGAGGGAGCGACAGCGAUGACCAUGGACUCGUCGAACCCGUACCGCGACUUCCGGGCGUCCAUGGAGGAGAUGGUAAUGAGCCAUGGCGUGAAGGACUGGUGCUGGAUGGAGAAGAUGCUGGGGUGGUACCUCAGGGCCAACGGCAAGAGCACCCACGGCCUCAUCGUCGGCGCCUUCGUCGACCUGCUCGUCGCGCUCAGCGACACCGCCUCGCCGUCCUCCCCGACCACCGCCAGCACCAACCGCUCCUCCUCCUCCUUCAGCGGCAGCGACGAGAUCAAGGAGGAAGAAGGAUGAACCGAACUCAACUGGUACAUAUGAUUAUGAUUAGUUGUCGUCCCUUGCUGCCAUGAUUCGCGUCAAGUGCUGUCAAUUCCCAGCCGGAUGCAGUGCAGCUUGAUCAAGCAAGAGAUUAGUUGUAUUGAUUUCAUUUAUCUUUUGCGAAGCUACUGGCUAGCUAUUGUGUGAUUGCCUGUCAGUUAA